AAAGAAAAAUAAACAUAAUAAUAAUAACAUCAAUAUCAAGGAAAAAAAGUUUUUUAAAUUAGUCAUUAAAAAUUACCAAGUGCGCAGUUGGUGUUAUUACCAAUGCAUCGCUCAGUUUUAUUUAACGAACAACUUUUUUUAUGCAUAAAUAUGGUGUAGUGUUCGUUUAAUCAUAAACAUGAGUCACGGCAAUCAUCUAUUGUUUUUAAAUGAUAAAUUAUUUAUUUAUUUAUAAGAAAACCAUCACGGACAUCGUAACUUCCGGUGGUGAUUCGUACAUCGAGUGGAUAUAUAAAAUAAUAAAAGAAAAUAAAAUACAACAGCAAGUGAUUUAAAUUUCUUAAACGUUUAGUUGGCUAUUUAAGGAUACAAUUUGGUAUUGCUGAUGAAGAUAUAGUAUUUCAAUGAGUAACUUUCAUUCAUUGAAUAUUAAAUAAAUCUAUUUAGUAUUCAUCAUCUAUUACAUUAUAUAGUGUACAUCAUCUACAGCCAUAUAUAUAAAUACAAAUAUAUAUGUUUAUACAAGACAAUACACAACAGAUAUAUAUCAAAGAAAACAAUAAUAAAAGUCAACAAAGGUGGAUGCGUUCCUGUGGGUUGGCAUUUAACGGCUGGCCGUUCGAUUAUAUAUUUCAUAAGUACAACCAAGUAUUAUCCUGAAAUGUUUCGAAGGCCGAUAACUGAACGUUCGCUGCUACCUCGGAAGAUUCUGCUCGUGUUUAUUACGCUAUUCGUUAGUGACGCCUAUGGACACGUUGCUCUUACCUUCCCACGAGCACGGAAGUACGACCUCGACUUCCUCGACAGCGCAAGAACUCCUGGACCCUGUGGAAUGCCAAGAGGAGACAUAAAAACGAGUUUAUUGUCCGGUAGUCAAUUCAACGUAUCCUGGCAUCUGGCUUAUCCUCACCGAGGAGGAUUCAGACUACAGAUUUUGGACGCGUUGGACCGUCCUCUCGUCGAUCUUACUCCCGUGACUAAGCAGAGCGAAUUCGUUGAGGAGGACGCUACGGCACAGCAUUAUCCAGUUGAGUUGCCUCAGAAUUUCACCUGCACCGAUUGCACAAUCCGGCUGCUUCGGGAGGCUGAAGAGUGGGGAACCAGUUACAGGUUUUGGUCUUGUGCUGACAUUGAUAUUCUAGAUAGAAAAACAUUUCGCGAAGACUGUAGUGGGCAUGGAAGAUCACUGGUUGGUAGAUGUAGGUGCGACAGAUUUUACCACGGUCCGAGGUGUGAAUUUCGGGAAGAUUGUCUUGAUGAUUCGGACUGCGGAAAUCAGGGCAUUUGCGUCGACAAUGGCGGUACAACGUUUCCCACGAAACAUUGUUAUUGCAACGUUGGAUGGUUUGGGCCAGGUUGCGCCAAGAGAUCUUCAAUUAAGUCUACUGAAAUUGACCUGCAGGGACACACGAUGAUACGUUUCUCUAAUGACUUUGUGUUUUAUUGGCGAAUACUCAAGGACUCUAAGGAAUUAGAAGGCGUAAUGGUAGUUAAUGGGACUUCGUGGGUGGGAGUAGGUUGGCGACCAAGCAGCUUAACUCCGUCAUGUCGUGCGUUCCCUGAAAUACAUGGCAAGAAUCAUGUGACGCCUGAAACAUUGCCUCAGCCAGAACCGAAGUCACAAACCCAGGCCAAGAAUAAUAAUAAUAAUAAUAAUUUGCGAGGACUUAAUAGUUCUCCGGCAGAGCCGAAACCUGAACCGACUCACGGAGCAUUCACAGGCGAACCAACAGCAGAGCCAUCUUCGAGGUCAGCUAAAAGAAGGUCUCCGAAAUCUCCGCGGUCUGAAUUAGGUGUUACUGCGACGAGUAUUGACAAUGACGUAACUGUUCAAACAAGCGUAACUUAUCAAGUUAGCGCGAAGCAAGGCCGUAAGAAACGGUCACCUGAAUCUACUACUGGAACUGCCAGAGAACCAGAACCAACUUCUCAGCCUGAACCGAAAUUAAAACCUAAAGUUUCUGAACCACAACCUGAACCUGAGCCCGAACCUGAACCUAAAGCUGAACCCGAACCUAAACCUGAGCCUGAACCAGAACCUGAACCUAAAGCUGAACCUGAGCCUAAAGCUGAACCUGAGCCUAAAGCUGAACCUGAGCCUAAAGCCGAACCUGAGCCUAAAGCUGAACCUGAACCGGAACCUAAAUCUAUUUCUAAAAUUGAAAAUGUUCCAUAUCCUAAAGCAGAACCUGAACCUCGGCUUAAAUCAAUCUCUAAAUUUGAAUCUGUUCCACAACCAGAACCAGAACCUGAGCCUAAAGCUGAACCUGAACCACGUCCCGAACCUGAACCAGAACCGGAACCUAAAGCUGAACCUGAACCUGAGCCAAAACCUAAAUCAAAUAUUAAACAUUCAUCAGAACCUCAACCUGAACCUGAACCACAUCCUGAACCUGAACCCCAUCCAGAACCUGAACCCGAACCUAACUCAAAAUCAAGUUUCGAGUCAGAAAAUGAAGAUUCUGAAGUAAGCACCAAAUCAGGCGCAACUAAAGCACCGGUGAGACCAGAAGUCCAUGAGUACACACCGAAACACGAUUUCAAUCCGAUGGACUGCACGGAUAUGAUAAUCGGUAUGGCCAGAGAGAAUACCCACAGGAUCGGUGAUUAUUACACCCGCGAUCGUUCCACUCCGCGUAACGACGCGUUUUGGGGAGGAAAAGACAGCUUAACGGCUGCUAUGGGUUUCGAGAAAAAUGGCGUCACCACUAUAAUGUUCAGAAGGAAGUUGGUGACUAACGAGCUCACUGAUCAUGAAAUCGUUGAUGGUGAUAUGCAGGUAAUUUGGGCUAGAGGACAACAGCCCGGCAAUUACAUCCACCAGCCUCCUAGUGGUGUCGAAAAAAGCAAGGUCAGUGUCAAGGAUUUCUAUAAGACUGAUGAACUCAAGUAUCACGGCCACAAAAGUCAACGAGGCGUGACCACCUUCAACUUUUUCGAUGAGAAAACCAGGAGCAAGGAUGAACUCGGUGGACCUACUCCGCUUGAAAGUGGAAAUUGUGGUGGUGAAUGGAAAUACCCCAGAAGUUGUACUGUGAAAAAUUUCACCUGCGAGUAUUACAUUCGGUGGAGUUAUAAGACAAGGAAGGAUCACAUUACGUUUACGAUUAAAACAAAAAAUACGGAUACUUGGACGGGAAUUGGAUUUUCCGAGGACGAUAAAAUGACACAAACAGACGCUAUAUUAGGAUGGGUAGAUAAGACUAAUGGAAGACCGUUUGUUAUGGAUACUUGGAUCAGUGGUUACAGUCUACCACUUUUAGAUCCUUCUCAAGAUAUUUACAACAUAAGUGGUAAAAUUGAAAAUGGCGUAACUACGUUAAUGUUCUCCCGGAAACGAGCAACUAAAGACACUAAAGAUUUCUCGUUCACGGAUGACCAUUGUCUCUAUAUGAUGUUCCCCGUUAAAGGAGGAAUAUUCAAUUCCGUAAAUAAAAAAAUACGGAAACAUACCCGGGUGCCGUUUGUUUCGUCAGAUCGGAUUUGUAUUAAAUCUUGCGGAAUUGACGAACCAGACGAUUAUGACAUGAUAACCGCUGCGCCUUCUGGAAUUGAUUACGAGGUUGAAGUUAAAUUGGUCAAUGUUGGUGAUGGAUUCAAAGCUUCCCAAUUUGGCACGCAGGAGUUUGAAAUUACAUCAAAUAGAAUUUCAGAUGAUUUUGAGCCGACUUUUAAAGAUAAAAUUCCUGGUUUUUAUCGGACACAACUCACUGAACUCAAAAAGAAUGACGAUAAUGGAAUAAUUGCAAAAAUAAAUGUAAUUGUGGAGAAAGAUGAAAAAGGACGUGCGGUAAAUCCGGAAGAUACUCUUAUGAUGAUUGAGGGAGUUCUCAAAGAAGCAUUAUUAACAGGAAGAAUAGGAUCUCUUCGUGUAGAUCCAAAUUAUCUGGUAGUUAAGCCUCCGAUAGGAUAUGAAUUGAGUGAAGAUAAAGAGAGGACUAUUGGUUCGAAUGAUUUGCUACUUGGGACAACAAAACUUUAUGUCGUCAUUGGGUGUAUAGCUGCUAUGGUGGCAUUAGCAUUGUUACAAGCUAGUUGUACGCUCUACAAAGCCACUCGGAAGAGAAUGACUAAGCAGGAACGUUUGAUCACGAAUAAUAUGUGGAAAGAUUAUUCAACUGGUGCCAAAACAAAUUUCGGUUUUGAAGCCUUUGAGACUGAAGAAAAAGUACCACCGCCUCCGGUAUCAAAUCCUCCGAGAACGCGAGACGUAACAGACGGCGCAAUAACGAUGCCUGGAAAAAAUAUGAUGGAAAAACAUCGAUUGAGCAGUUCCAACGGGCACAAUAAUAACAACCAUAAUCAUAACUACUCAAAUAAUCACCAUCACAGCCAUCAGAUGUCAUCUACACCACGAGCGACUUAUAGUUUGCCUCGAGCCCCUGGGCCUAGACAGCCGUCGCCUCCACCGCAGCUGAGUUACUACACCCAAGAUCGCAGAAAUAAUCGUUCCAAGAGUCAUGGUAAUGGGAACUCACAAUCCUCGGGCCAACAGCCCGACUUUUAUUUCAUGCCCAGUCAACGUAAAUACAGCGGGGAAGUUGUUCGCGUUUACGUUGAUUAUGGAAAUCAAAAACCUAAAUAAGCUAUCCCAGUAUUUCGACUUAUUAUUUUUAUUUAUUUUUUACUUAUCAUUUUUUAAUUGACUUUUAUAUUGAGAAAUAAU